AUGGCUUCUGCGACCGACGAUUCUAGCAGCGCAGACGAGUUUCGAAAUCCUCCUCCAAAGCGCAGACGCAUCUCACAAGAGAGUGGUAGUACUCCAAGCACUGUGAUCCAGCCUGCUCCAAUAUCCAGAGUGAAAAAGAGCAUACCUCCACAGGAAAAUGGAUCACUGUCGGCGGCACCACCUUCUGUCCCUGCAACCUCUGGUAGCUUCCAGUCGCUUGCUGUGGCACCCUGGCUGAUACAUUCCCUGGCUGCGAUGGCCAUAUCACAUCCUACCGAGAUUCAACGCACCUGCAUACCUGAAAUUCUCAAGGGAAGAGAUUGUAUUGGAGGCUCGAGAACGGGUACUGGAAAAACGGUGGCCUUUGCGGUCCCUAUAUUACAAAAAUGGGCAGAGGAUCCAUUCGGUAUCUACGCCGUCAUCCUCACACCAACGAGGGAGCUGGCUCUGCAGAUUUACGAGCAGUUUCAAGCUCUAGGAGCGCCGCAGAAUCUCAAGACGGUAUUGAUAACAGGAGGAAGUGAUAUGCGACCCCAAGCGGUCGCUCUCGCCAAACGACCACACAUCGUCGUGGCAACACCAGGAAGACUAGCAGACCACAUUCUCAGCUCGGGCAAAGAAACCAUCAUCGGGCUAUCUCGCGCGAGAGUGAUGGUUCUCGACGAAGCCGACCGCCUGCUUGCCUCUGGACCAGGCUCCAUGCUUCCAGAUCUCAACACCUGCCUAUCUGCCCUCCCUCCACCUUCGGCACGGUUAACCCUGCUCUUUACCGCGACAAUAACGCCAGAAGUUCGAGCACUGAAGGAAUUACCACGCCCGCCAGACCGGCCUCCUGUUUUCGUCUCGGAAAUUGCAGACCUCUCGGAUGCCUCUCUUUCCUCCAGCCUUGUCCCGGCGUCGCUCACACAAACAUACCUCCAGAUUCCCAUGACUCAUAAGGACGCCUUUCUUCACGUGCUUCUGUCUGUUCCUUCGUUCACGAAGGUCCCUGAGCCUAGCAUCAUGGUCUUUGUGAACCGUACCAGCACCGCUGAUAUUCUUCACCGUACCCUCCUCCAACUCUCCCAUCCCGUGACGGCACUCCAUUCCGAACUCCCCCAGAUCCAGCGAAACAGGAAUCUGUCCGACUUUCGCGCUCAGAAGUCGCGGAUUCUCAUAAGUACAGACGUGGCAUCAAGAGGUCUCGAUAUUCCCGAGGUCAACUUCGUGGUCAACUUUGACGUCCCCCGAAAUCCGGUAGAUUACGUUCAUCGAGUUGGACGUACAGCCAGAGCGGGUAGGAAAGGUACGAGCAUCACAUUUGUUGGACAGAGAGAUGUCUCUCUGGUUCUCGCCAUUGAAGAGUACAUUGGCAGUAAGAUGGAAGAAUGGACCGAAGAAGGAGUGAACAUCGAGACGCGUGUUGUGAGAGGCCGGACCUUGAAGGAUGUGGCCGAGGCGCGAAUGGAGGCUCUUCGCGAUGUCGAGAGUGGCAAGGACGUGACAGGUUGGCGGAGGAAGAUCAAGAAGGAUAGGAAACGAGCGUUGACCGAGUAG